AUGGUCGCAAUCACUAAACUUGCAUUCAUUUCAGCCAGUUUAUACUCUCAAUUCAUUCUAUCUGCCCCGGUCAACCAAACCAGUAUUCCAGAAAAUGGAAGCAAACUUUCAAUUGAUGAUAUUCUUGGAGUUGGAUCAAUUGAUUUAGAGCAAUUCUCAGUGAAUGAAACUACUGGUUUGGAUUAUGGUGAAAUUCGUCAUGAUGGUUCUUCAUUGCCUAAGAGAGAAGAUGCACAUGUUUGUUUAGCCAAGAAAAACCUCAAGGAUUGUGUCAGUGGUGGUAAUGAUAUUAGAUCUGUUGGUGAUGGUAUUGCUACUGUGAUUUCUUCAAGAGAUGGUAUUUGUGGUAAUACAGGUAUUCAAUCUGUCCCUGGUGUCACCGGUGAUAUCUAUAUGAAAUAUCAAUCCACAGGUAAAGGCUGUCAUACUACAGCAAAACCAAGAACUAUUAGUGGAGCCAUUAAAAAAUGGAUCAGUACUCAAAGUGAAGGUCAAGUUUGCAAAAGUCAAUGCAUUAAAAUUACUCACGGUGGAUAUUGGACUGGUUAUGUUGCUUUUGGUAACAAUAAAGAUGCUGUUAAGGACGUCAAAUGUGACUCAAGCAUCGGUCGUGUUUCUCGUUGCUCCAAAGGUGGUGUUAACCAGAACUGA